CCAAUGAACUUUUAUAUUGCAGUCAACCUGAGAGGAUCAAUUAUUUACUUAUCUUAACGCGAUAACCUCGGUCGUUCUACAGGCGAACUCGUUGAGGAACGAAAUAGAAAUAAUUAGCGUGGCCACUUUCACAAUCUGUUACAUCUUUGCGUGCACACUGGUUUUUCAGCGCAGAGGGUAGGGGUAAGAAGAUGGUAGUUUUUGCGCUAAGGCAUAGAAGCGAACUCUAGAAGGCGUUGUUAUUUUUCCCUGCUCUGAAGCUUUAUCGCCGACCUACAGAGGAAACGACACCGACUACGUUGAAAUAACCCUCAGCAGCAAUGUUCCCUGUAACUAAAACUCUGAUCCUGAUUGGCAUUGCUUUAAGCAUCGCAACAGAAUCGGCCACGUCCACCAUCAACCAAAAGGUUCCACCUCUCCAUCAUCGAAUGACAAAAAGGGAGAUAUCAAAAUAUUUUGGAGCUAACUCCCACUCAGAAGUACCUGAGUAUGAAGUCAUUUCGCCAUUCCAAGCAGACGAAACUGGGACAUUUCUUUCUCAUAAACUUAACAAACGUAGCCGCACGAAGCGAAGUGUAGAUCAACCGAACAAUUGGUUUUAUAAUGUGGAAGCGUUUGGUUUCACACUCCAUUUGAACGUUACCAAGUCAAGACAUAUAUUAGCUCCAGGAACCAUUGUAGAAACAGUACAUGAAAAUGGAAGCAAAUCCUAUACUACACCACCCAAGAAUACUUUAUACAGUGGCCACGUGGUGUCCCAUCCUGGUUCUGUAGUUGCCGUCAGCAACCAUGAUGGACUGAGUGGCAUGAUUAACCUUGUGAAACAGGCGCUCUUUAUACAGCCACUACCCAACCACCUCGCAAAGGAAUAUGGGUCAUUUAGUGGUGCGCAUCCUCACUUGAUUUUCAAAAAGUCAGUGGGAGAUGUCAUCGGUAGAGGAUGUGACGUGUCAGAUUCUCACGAGAGAACGAAAAGAAGCUUGGAAACUACCAAAACAAAGCGAUCACGUGACGAACGUUCAGUAUCACAUAAGCAUUUAGAGGUUAUCAUGGUAGCAGACGAUUUGGUGGUAAAAAAUCGCGGGGAAGAAAAUCUGUCGAUGCAUCUACUUAUGUUGGCCCACUUAGUCGAUAACAUGUUUCACGACGAAAGUGUUGGAGAGAAAAAGGUAUCACUGGUAGUGAUUAAAGUGGUGAUCAAGAAAGAUGGGUUUGGUUACAAUUCUUCAGCCAGCAAUUAUGUCAGACUAAGUAAAGUCGAAGAUUGGGGUGGUUUAAACAUACCAAAACAAGACAAAGAUCCCGAACAUGCGGACAUCGUUAUAUUGCUGACGGGGGAAAGCCUCGGAGGUUUAGCCGCUGUGGGUUCUACUUGCUCCACAAACUUUGGCAAAACUGUUAACAAUGACAUUGGCCUAACAUCAGCCAUCAUUAUCGCUCAUGAAACAGCUCACACAUUCGGCAUUGGGCAUGAUGGGUCGAUAAAAGGCGAGCGGUGUAACGACGGCAAGUACAUCAUGGCAAGCGCUGUAAGCGACGGGGGAGAUGCAUUCAAGUGGUCAAAGUGCAGCAGCACUCGCAUUCAAGAAUUCCUCACUGGAUCCGGUUCGUCCUGUCUGGAUGACAACCCACGUGAUUUCCUUCACAUGCCCAGCAUCUUCCACAAGAAGCUGCCGGGACAGAUCGUGGACGCUACACUACAGUGUAGGUUGCAAUUUGGUCAAGAAUUUUUCCAUUGUCCCCAAAGAAAAGCCGACUGUAGUACCCUAUACUGUACCAAUGAUGGGUAUAGAUGCGUAUCUCGUAUAGCUCCGCCCAUUGAUGGUACGAGAUGCGGUGAUAGGCACUGGUGCAUAAAGGGUGAAUGUGAGGACGACGGCUCUCCGAUGAUUGACGGAGGAUGGAGUGAUUGGCAGGACACCCACUCGUGCACACGAACAUGCGGUGGAGGAGUGACUUGGAAAACAAGAACAUGUACCAACCCCGUGCCACAGAAUGGGGGUAAAAACUGUGAAGGAUCAAAAAAAGGAUCAUGGGAGACCUGUAACACACAGCCUUGCCCUGAAGGCUCCACAGAUUAUAGACUUCUUCAGUGUCAGGCCUUUGAUCCGAAAUCCGUGGUGUACUGGGGAUCAGAUCCAUGUAUGUUACAAUGCCGACGAGGAAGCUAUGCAACACCUCGAGGCCGCGUUAAAGACGGCACUCGAUGUAGCAGUAACCCCAUGAGCAAAGACGUCUGCAUUGAAGGAGUUUGCCAGCCCGUUGGUUGUGACAUGAGGUUAAAUUCAGGCGUGAAGUACGACCAUUGCGCUGUUUGCGGAGGCGACAGUUCCACUUGUAGCUUCGUCAGUGGGUUGUACACAGAAAACUAUCGUAAAUGGGGUCCAAAUAAGCCAGACGAGAUAAUCACCAUUCCAGCUGGCUCUACCAAUGUCUUUGCCAAGGUGAAAGAAAACACAGGAAAUAUGCUGGGGGUUCAGAGAGCAGCUGAUGGAAAGUGGGUUUACAGAGUGGCGUAUACAUGGAGCACCGUAGUGAAAGCAGCUGGAACAAAAGUCGCCUACGAUCACGAGGCCAACGUGUGGAAGGACAAAGUUGAUAUCCCAGGACCGACGAAAGAACCAUUGAAACUCAUGUACGUUUAUAUUAGUGGAGCAAAUCCAGGGGUGGAAUACCACUUUUUAUCGCCCCAAAAGAGUGAAGUAACCACUGACCAGGUAAAAUGGAAGAUUGAAGGCUGGGGCGUAUGCACUCAAGACUGCGCUGGAGGAUAUCGGACAAGACUUGUUGAAUGCGUCCGUGAAGAUGACGGCAGCUACGUCAAUGACAAGGUCUGCCUCAGGUCUGGAGCCAAAGCAGCGGUGCAGCAGGCUUGUAAUACACAACCGUGUCAGCCAGAAUGGUACCUGUCAGGUUGGCGGCCAUGUUCAAAAACCUGUGGUAAGGGGAUUCAACUAAGAACGAUUGUCUGCAGACGAAAGAUAAGUCAGGACCAUUACGAGACUGUUGACGAAUCCUCGUGUACUGAGAAAAAACCAGUCACAAACCUUCAGCAAGAAUGCAACAGGAUCGCUUGUCCGGCUGAAUGGAAACAUUUAGCAUGGAGUGAGUGCACACGAUCAUGUGGAGGAGGCACAAUGACUCGCAGUCUCAAGUGCAUGAAACUGAACGCGCAUGGAAUGCUGGUAUCUUUGUCGGACCACCAGUGCGUCCACGCCGUGAAACCCACCACUAAGGAAAAAUGUAAUACGGAUAUUGAAUGCCCAAGCUCCAUUCUUAGCCCGGAUGGCAAACGGUUCAUUCCCUUAGGAUGCUUCAAGGACACAAAGAAAUUCCGCGCUGUUCCGGAUUUUGUAAAAAGUAUGCGUGGAAAAAUUGACUGGAUUCACUUGGAAAACACCGUCAAAGAAUGCGCUCACAGUGUAACGAAAAAAAACUCUACUCUCAAGGUGUUCGCAAUACAGUUCUACGGGGAAUGCUGGACAGGAGUAGAUGCGGAAAAGAGUUAUAGCGAGUACGGUGCGUCUCCAAACUGUUGGAAAGGCGUGGGCGGAUCGCAGACCAAUUUUGUGUACGAAUUUAUCGAUGAUGAAGAUAAGAGUCCCUAGUUCAAUCCUUGCCACUGAGCGAAUGGCAGCCGAGUGACGACAACGGCAGAGUAUGAAUAUGAACGCCAAGCGUUUGCCCCAAUGAUUUCUUGUUGAGCAGUAUUUAAGUUAAUGAAUCUGCGCAUGAGCGAAUACGAGGAAUAAAUGUCUUAUCUCG